AUGAGACGUUUUCCAAAAACUCCAUCGAACGAUAACAAUCGUUCUACUUCUCCAACUUUGCUUUCAUCUAACGUGGCUGCCAAUGCGACUACCACUGCGUCAAAUCAUUCCGGCAGCGCAAAUAGCAACUCAAAUAAUACACCAAAUGCUACUUUUAGUGUCAGCAACAACGUCUCGGGCACAAGUACAUUUUCUUGGUCUUCUGUGGCGGCUGCAAACAGUAAUAACGCUACAUUAAACCGUUCUCUUCAGCAUGAAACAUCCGAGAAAUCUGAUGUACCUGGUUCUAAUGAUUCCGCCUUGAAUCCUUUCAAAUAUUCCAAGGAAUUCAUGAUUAAACUAUAUAAGCCAGUAGGGUUGCCUUUGGAAUUUGAGCGGCACGAAUAUAUUACAAGCGAAGAGCCGUUACAACCAAUGGCAUUGAUAGUACCAACAGAACAGGAACAAAAGCUUUUAUCGGGUGCUUCUGUUAAUAGUGAUCUCACCCGUCGUAUCGCCUCCAGUAACCCAGGGGGUGUUAUUACAGGGAGUGAGCGUGUAGAAAGAGAUAGAGUACCAUAUUCUCCACGAAAUGAUAAACAUAUCAAUACGGGGCUUACUUCGCCCAGAGGAGAAAGAUUCGGUGGAAUUAUUGGGGGUGUACUCAAUAGUGGGCGAACGAGCCCACGAAGUAGUCGCCCACCUCGAACACCCGGAUCUUUAAAUCCUUCUACAGACGAUCCAAUUUGGAAUGGUGUAGUAACUAGAAAUGCAGUAGGGACUUUUGAUAGCAAUGGAGUGUUUCGAAUUCAAGGAAGUAAUGUAGACGAAGAAUCUCCUGAUAAAUUAAAGAAAGAUGAUCCCGAACCUAAUAAAAAAAUCGAUCAAGAGCUUGAAAAGAAAAAUCAAACCGAUCGUUCGGAUACAAGCGAUUAUACAAAAUCCCUUCAAAGCGAUAAUAUAACCUCCGGAAAGGAAUGCUCGGAGUCAAACAAUAAAUCUUUAAAUAAUGAUGAGGAUGCAACAAAGACGAAUUUAUCGCUAGAAGGAUUAAAUUCAUCAUUACAAGAGAAACCACCAUUUCAACCUGUUAAUCAACAUACGCAAGCAGAACCAAAACAAAAUAUGGUACAGGGAUGGCAAGGGUUGCAAGAACCAAGUCAACUAGGGGAUGAUAUCAUAGAUCCGCAAGAUGAGUUUCACCUACAAGAUGAACAAAAUGAGAAGUCACAAUUACAACUAAGAUGGCAUGAAUCCGAACAAAUAUCACUGCAACAUCAAAAUCAUCAAAAUUCACAACAGCUAUUACUUCAACAGCAGCAAAUAAUGCAGGAUCAACAACACCGUCAACAGCACGCGAUGCAGCAACAGCAUCACCAACAAUUACUGCUACAACAUCAUUUUGACCCUGAUCAAGAUGAUGAUGUGCUUAAGGAAGCGUUUUCGUACCCAAAUAUGGGAGGCAACACACCGCCAAUGUCUCCUCCAGGGAAAACAAAGUAUUCCACGCACUCUAUACUUGGCCCAAACAGUGCUUUUGGUGAUACUAAUCCUGGGGUAACAAGUCUCUUUCCUGGCACAAGUCUAAAUUCAGAAUCAAGAAAACAAUCAGAACAAUCUAAAUGGUUGUAUAGAGACCCGAGCGGUAAUAUUCAAGGACCAUUUAGCAGUCAAGAAAUGAAUGAUUGGUAUAAAGGAGGAUUUUUCGUACUUAGCCUUUUAGUUAAGAGGGUGGAAGAUGCCGCAUUUGAGCCAUUAGGAGCUUUAAUUCGAAAAACCGGUGAUGAUGAGAGACCUUUUUCUGCACCAAUUAUAGGCAAUAGACCAUCUUUAACGAUUUCUAUGCCAAAUAAUUCUUCACGGUUAGUAAAUGAUCCAUUUCAACGCGCUUGGGGUGCGCCUAAUUCCCCUAGUACCGCUCAAUUGUUUCUAGAACAUCAACAAAGAUUUAAUCCCUUUGGAGGAACCACAUCUGUACCAACAACACCGUUUGACAGAUAUCAAUUCAAUGGGGUGUUUGGUCGCAACGAGGUUUCAAAUGGAUGGAAUGAUCUAGGAACAACGAGCUCUACAUGGGGGCCAUCAGAUAGUUAUGCAUCAAACGGUGGUAAUCUUUCACCUCGUUUGCAAGCUCCAAAUUCUCCUCCAUUAUUCAACAGUAAUGCAACAUUUAAUGUAUCACCACCUCAAACAUAUCUUGAACAUCAACGAGCGUUUAAUCCACAAAUUGAGAGACAACAAUACUUAAUGAUGCAACAAAGACAAUUACAGCAGAAUCAACAUGCUUAUCCAGAUUCGUUUAUCCGCCAACAACAGCAAAGUUAUGUUGGUCUAUCUGGACCAGUUUCAGCACCAAUUACAAAUGCUCCAAAUUCUCCAUUCAUUGAUGUAAUAACGAGAAACGCAGGUUGGUCAACCACAACAGAACAACAACCACCUCCAGCUUCGCCAUGGGGAAUAAUAGCUCCCGGUGUUGGCGCUACACCAUCCCGGGUUCAACAGUCUGAAGAUUCGGGAUAUUUUGGUAUCAGAAAAGAAUCCAAUUUUGGAUUACAACAAUCAACUCAUGAUGAGCGGCCACCCAAUCGUACUAAUGAUCGGUCAUACGAGGUUGUCGGUGGACAAGCUCAAGAACCAACCUUUGAGAAAAAUUCAAUGAACGAGGUUAUUGAGUCAAUGUCAAAAUUAAAUCCAGUAGAUGAAAAAGUCAAUUUAAACAAAAUCGAUGGAAACUUUAAUAUAGUGGAUAAAAUAGAAUUGUCACCGAAGUCUAAAUUAGAGGAACCUAUUCAUCAACCAAUACAAAAGGAAGAAGCUUUACGUUCAAAACCUUCUCUACGUGAAAUUCAGGCAGAAGAAGAACGUAAAAAGCAGCAUGAAGAAAAGGAAAAGUCGGUUGUGAUUUCAAGCGUCUCCACGAACAAUGUCGCUGGUAAAAUACCUCAACCAUUAAAGUCAGCAAAUUCGGCAUGGGUGAACAAUAGUCCUGUUACACCAUCCUCACCCGCUCCAUGGGCUAAAGAUGAUGAUCAUCCCACUCAAAAAACUCCAUCUCUACGUGAAAUUCAAGAAAUGGAAGCUCGAAAAGCCGUUGAAAGAAAAGCUGCUGCUGUAACUGCAAAUUCAUAUGCAUCUACUUCUUAUAAGGAUGAUGUGACAAUUUCAACUACUUCAUGGGGCAUAGUUGUUCCCACAUCAUCUAACGAAUCAGAUUCGUCUUCACUCUCUACUUCACCUGUUGUGACCACACCAGCUUGGCAAUCAAACAAUACUACCCCCAAAAAGACACUAAGAGAAAUUCAGAAAGAGGAGGAAGAAGCGAUGAAGAAGCGCAACAAGAUUCGUGAGAUGCAACAGGCGUUGGUUAGCUCUUCCGCAUCUAGUGGAACGACUGCCCAAAAUAACAUGGGAAAACGUUAUGCAGAUACGGUAUCCAUUGGAAAUGUGAAUGUAAAUCCGAAGAAGCCAUCGAUAAGCUCUACGACUAAUGCCUGGACAACUGUUGCAAGUAAAACAUCUACUCGCAUCACUACUGCUACUCCAGCGAAUAUAAAUUUUAACUCAAGUAGCGUAUUAUCUGGUGCAACAAAAACAGCUACUAAAGAUGCUUCGCUUUUAGAUUCCGAACACAAGUCGAUCAACGGCGUUCAGACUGGAUUAAGAGUUGUAAGCCAAUCUGCAAAGCCUGCUGAGGCCUUAAAAAGUGGUACCAGAACAACUGCUAACACGGGUAUACCCAAAUCCACGACAAAUAAAUUUUUAAAAUGGUGUAGAAACGCUUUGCGAGGAUUGAAUAAUCCUAAUGUUGAUGAAUUCAUUCAGAUGUUAUUAACAUUUCCGCUUGACCCACCCCCGGAAACUAUUGAGAUUAUUCAAGAUUCUAUUUAUGCCACCUCACCGACACUAGAUGGCCGUCGAUUCGCUGACGAAUUUAUUAAAAGAAGGAAAGCUGAUGCAAAUGGAUUGCCAAUGAGCAGCUUAUUAAGCCAUCAUUCGGACAGUAAAUUGAACAAAGAUCUUACAAAUGGAAGCAAUAGUGCAAAGGAUGAUUAUACAGGGAAUGGUGCUGGCGCUUUUAAAGUUGUAACGACUAAAAAGAGUAAAAAAAAUAAGCACUGA